UGUCAAAUAGUAUUUCAUGAUUAAAAAUAGAGAAUUGACGGUCGAGUUUGCAGUGAAAAGCACAAAAAACGACGGCGUUGAUAUCCUAUCUUCUUCUUCGGGAGCUUUGUUGGGACACUGAAACGUGAAAUUCAGUACCUUAACCCACAUCCCAACCAGAACACAAAUGUCGACAAUUUCUUCAACAUUUCUUAGCACAUACAAAUUAUUAUCUAUAGCUUCUCAACCACCUUCUUCUUUUUCAAGAUUCUUUCAUCCAGGUCCUUUACUUUUCCCCAAAUUCCAUUCACGUCCCUAUACUCUUACUUCAUCUUCACCCUCAAGGACAAUUGUGGCAUGUUCAAAAUCUUCAGAAGAAGCAGAAGUAUCUGAGACACUCGAUGAAUGGCUUGAGAAACUACCAGAUAAGAAGAAGCCUUUGUAUUCUCAUAGUUUGCCUUGUAUAGAAGCUUGGUUGAGGAGUUUGGGGUUUUAUCAGAGUAGAGAUGAUAGAGCACUUUGGUUUGUUGAGAACACUGAUUGGCAGGCUCAGUUGUCACUGGAUAUUACUGAACUUUAUAUAAGGUAUCUAAAGAGCGGACCUGGAAAUCUUGAGAAAGAUGUAGAAAGAAGAUUCAGCUAUGCACUGAGUAGGGAAGAUAUUGAAAAUGCCAUACUUGGAGGUCCAUAAGGACAACCAUUUUAUAUGCAUAUGUUAGUUAGCCUCAGCUCUUCCAUCUGAAUCCCAAGCAACUCUAAUGACUAAUGUUUCCCAAAAACUCAUAUAGAUACACAUACAGUGGGAUCUGAAUUCUUUUAGGAGGGAUCUGUAGAGAUAUAUUGUGGGAUUGGAUCAAGUUUAAAGUUUCAUAAUGAUUUAUGGGAAACAUUGUUCACUUUCAUAA